UCAGUUGACUUCAAACUCACGAGCCGCGAGGAAGCAAGACAAAUAUUAAGCAACAAAAGAAAACAUCAACUUUAAAACGCGCGUGAAAAACCGUUAGUUAGUGCGUUUAGCCUGAGAAUUUCAAUUGCCGCUUUUGGGAGAUCUAAAUACACACACACACCCACAUACACACAAAUAUGGCAACGCCCGAUAUUAGCGAAGAGGCUUUCAAUCUACGUCUUGGAUUUUUAAAGCCCGAAACUUUGGAAAUCGCCAAAAACGAACUCCGCGAAACGGAGGAAGUGAAGCAGGCGGCCAUCAAGGAGCUGCGAGAACUCCUGCAUGCCACUCCAGAGAUCAACUACAGAGACGAUGAUGCCUUCCUGGUCGUAUUUCUGCGCGCCUGCCAUUUCUAUCCAAAGAGCGCUUUGGAGAAGAUGAAAAGCACCGCCAGCUUCCGCAAGGAAUACGCCGACCUAGUCCAUGGCCUGUUGGUCGAACACGUGAAGGAGAAGUUCAUUAAGGGCAGCGUCAUUAAUGUCCUGAAGAACUGUGAUCAGAAGGGACGUCGUGUCCUGAUCGUUAACUGCGGCAAACUGUGGGAUCCCAGUGAUAUACCCUCCGAGGAAAUCUUCCGCAUGCUCUAUAUGGUCCACAUAGCCGCACAGCUGGAGGAGGAGACCCAGGUGCGGGGCGUCGUCUGCAUUAUGGACUUCGAUGGUCUGGCCAUGAAGCAGGUGAAGGCCCUCUCGCCCAGUUUCUCAAAGCGUCUGCUGACCUUCAUUCAGGACGCCAUGCCCUUGCGCAUGAAAGAGGUGCACUUUGUCAAGCAACCCUUCAUAUUCAACAUGGUCUGGACCCUCUUCAAGCCCUUCGUCAAGGAGAAGCUGAACAAGCGCAUGCAUUUCCAUGGCAGCGACAUGAAAUCCCUGCAGAAGUUCCUCGAUCCCGCCUUCCUGCCGGCCAACUACAAAGGCACAUUGCCCGCCAUCGAUUACGGCGGCAGCGAGUGGUUCCCCGCACUGGAAAAGCAGUCCGAUUAUGUGGCUGCCUGGAGCGAACUGGGGCCGGCCAAAUGGUGACCGCCUAGCAGAGUUAUUUAAGAACUAAAUUUGAACAAAUUUUUUUGUGGCAUUUGAAAACGUUUGGGUUGGUUUCCCAACCAAAUGCAGCAGUUUUAGAUUCUAAUGUGAAAGCUGGAGAGUCUCUCUCGUUGGAGCUCGUCUGAAAUAGUCUUAAGAUGCAUUCAAUCAUUUCAUAUAUAGCUUCUAUUGACACCACCCUGAGCUUUCGAUUUUCUGGCGACACACCCUACAAAUGAGACACGUGCCUGAGACCCACGCCCAGCCAGACGACGAGCACUUAGUUUCUAGAAAUUCGUCAUCUGUGUGAGCGCUCAGCUGUAGUUUAUGUUUAUAAUUGUAAAUAAGUACUUUUUACAAAUCGUACGUUUUCCUUUAGUAAUGUAUAGAUAGAUAUUUUCAAAAUAAAUAAACUCUAGUUGCGUAAAGUGUAAAAA